AUGGACAAUAGUAAACUGUGUGAUGCCCAUUGCCACCCUCAUGACGAUGUAGAGCACCUCGACAUGAUUCCCAAGUUGAAAACAGGCCACAUUACCAUCAUGGGGGUUCGUCAAGACGACUGGGAUCGCGUUGCCGAGGUAACCGCGCAAUGUGCCUCGGGACGUUGUAUUCCCUCAUUCGGCAUUCACCCAUGGUUUCUUCAUCGACUCAUGGUCGAUGACAAUGCCGACCCGAAAACACAUUACGAUCAAGUCUUGACGGCCAAGAUAGCUUCCGAAAAACAAGAAAUGAUCGAAGCACUCGAGCGGCCGUUUCCUCGAGAAGAAUGGGUUGCUAACUUGAAACAACGACUUGCAGACCAUCCACAAGCAGUUGUAGGCGAAGUCGGCUUGGAUCGAGCAGCACGACUGUUGCCAGAUGGAGCCAUUGAAUGGCAUGGCGUCAAACCUACUACAGUUCAAACAUCGAUCGACCAUCAAAUGCAUGUACUACGUAUCCAGCUUGAAAUAGCGCGCGAAUUCCAGCGCGCUGUGAGCGUCCAUUGUGUUCAAGCCUCCGGUCAUUUAUUGCAGCUUCUUCAAGAACUAGCAGUACCCAGCAAGAAAAAAGACAAAUCAUCAUCUACUGCUCUUCCGCCACCUGUGCGACUUUGUAUACAUUCUUUUGUUGGCUCGGCUGGUUCCAUCCCGCAGUUUCUCAAUGUGAAGGGAUUUAGUAUCUAUGUAUCUUUUUCAGUAGCCAUCAGUGGUCGACUCGCAAAGUCGAAAUUGCAGCAGCUCAUGUGCGCUAUUCCGGAGGAUAGACUGUUGAUUGAGUCUGAUCUAAACAGUCCCCAAGGGCAAGAUGAGGCUAUGGAAGAAAUCGUAAAGGUAGUAGCAGAAGCAAGGCAGUGGUCGAUUGAACAGACCAUUGAACAGACGUAUAGAAACUGGCAAACAUUUGUUGGUAUGCAAUAG